AUUCAAAAAGUUAUUGCAUUAAGCAAUUUCAUGGUUAAGUGAAUAAGCAAUAUUCAUUCUUUUUUUAAAUCGCUUUCAAGUUUUUUUUUUUAAUUUUUACGCAUAAUAGCUAGUAAGAUGCAAGUUAAAUUAUUUAUUGUUAUUUUUGUCCUGGUUGCUGGUGUCGAUUCAUCAGGGAUAGAGGACAAAGUAAAACAGUACUUUAGGAGUGACGUAUUCAAGGCAUUUCAAAAACACUGGCGGGCACACCGAAAAUCUUUCGAAAAUGCUAUACUUUUGACAUUAAAAGAGAGUUAUGGGAACCGAGGAAUUAAUAUAUACGUAAGACAAUCAGCUGAUGCCCUGAAAAUAUGCACCGGUUUAUAUGGAUCGGAUAAUGUUAUAGAUUGGCUUUUGCUAGACAUAACGCUGACUAGUUUGCCAAACCUCAUCAUGCCAGAGAUGAUGUUCGCUUUGGCGUCCAACUUCCUCCAUCUGGAAGCCGGUCUCAGUAAGAUGAUAUUGGAAGCCAAGUACACGCUGAUUAGGAACCAGUCGGACAUCGUAUACUCGGCAGAGGAGCAAACCCUGCACAAAUCCCCUUUCAGUUACGUGCAGGUGACGCCUUAUGGGCAGUUGGCUAUCAUUGCUGAAGACUGUACAAUAGACGGUUAUGUGGUAACAAAACUAAGCGGUAUGUCGAUUAACUUGGGGCACGACACAUUUCAAGUAAGGAAUUGUAAAUUCAGCGUCGAGAUUUCUUCCAAUCGUCAGGAGCCGCCGAUAAUAGCACCAUAUUUUACUUUAGAACAGAGUAAACAGCUAGAACUUUUGCUGACAAGACCGAUUCGCGCAGAGAUGCUGCCGAAACUUCAAGCGGCUGUAUUCACUUAUAUCAAUACAUCGCUCGUAUUUGGGGAUUAUCUGCCAAAAAUUCGAGAUUAUCAAAAUAAUAUAUUUAAGGAGACGUCAAAGUAUGUAAGAGAUAUUGCCAUAGCGAUUGACAAUAAAACCAUUGAAGAAAACCAGGCGACAGUGGAUGCUCCGUCAAUCAGCCUAACUUGGGAUGCUAAGUGCCCAGACGAGUUCUGUUCCGGUGAUGUCAUUGUUGAUAACGUGACUGUACAUGGGUUGGAUACACUAUACUCUGCCCACACUGGUGGUCCUAUUAAGAUGCUAUCCGCAAGAAUAAUGGAAUCGUUAAGAUUUAACUCAUUAAUGGUUAGAGGAAGUACAGUAUAUUUCCAUAAUGAUACGGCUGUAGAGAAACACAACUUUGUAGCUGAAAUCCACGAUGUCGCAGUUGACUUUGAAAUUAACGUGGAAAAGCCAGAAGCAAGAUUCGAAGUUGUCAGCUGGAGAUCAUUUGAGUUUUCAAUAAUUCGAUUGGAACAACGAAGAGACCAAAAAUCUCUGACCGCAUUCAUCCAUGGGUACUUAUUGAACAUGCUGCCUAUUUUACUCAACAAUCAUUUAAGAAAUACAUACAAACUACUGAGUAACUCUAAGCCAUUAGUAGGAGCUGUAUCAACUAUUUGUGAUUGUGGUAAUCAAAAUAAGAAUAAAGGUGAUUCAUAA